UUUUUCAUUCUCUCAGGUCCUCCUACUCAAAGCUUGCGUGCCAGCACAUUGGCACUAAUAGCUGGUUUUCUAGUGAGAGCUGUCCAGGAUAACAUCUGCUGUGAAGGCUGCCUUAUGAAAAUACAGGCACCAAAAUCAAACUCUACAACAACUGCUCUAAUUGCAGGAGUUGACAGGGGAGGACUCUCAUACCGCUCAUUGCCAUUUGUUGGAUUUGUAAGCAUCCUCGAGGGUGCAGCCUCUAAAGCAGCUGCGAUCCUUAUGAAAAGGCAAAAACCCUUGCAGAAGUUUUCAAGCAUAGUGCUCCCUUCACUUCUAAAAAACUCCUUGUUUGCAUGCACUAUGAAUGAUAGUGUGUCGCACAGAGCAGCUCUCUUGAAUUUAAUUUUGCGAAAAUUCAUGAGGCCUUUCUUGGCAAUCUAUGCCAAUAAUUUAACCGAGGCACAUUCAAAGAGAAAGCUUCUCAACAAGAAGCCUUUGUCGCGAAAAGUUUUGAAAGUUUAAAGUUCUUCUUUCUUGUAACAGCCACAUAGAAUUGCUGUAUGCUCAUGCACAUCCUCACUGCUGACCUUCUUCUGAAUAUAGAUAGGAGUGCGAGUUUGUUUUUGCAGUGUCAUUUUAGCCUUAUGAAACACACUCUUUUAAUCGUCUGAACAAGACAUCAAGAAUGUGUAGUCCACACUUUCUAGUCUGACUUGGGUAUCAUUCUUUAUAUUGGGUUCCUCUUUUUUCUCGUUCUCUGGCUUGCCACGUGAUCCUAACUUUUUCGGUUUUCUUUAACCCCCAAGUUUCUGCACUAUAUAUUUGUACUGGUACAAUGCAGUGGCUCUACACUUUGUUUUGGGG